AAAAUGUUGUACAUUAUCGUUUUUAGCUCAAAAUCUAAUCGCUUCCAAUUUCUAUGUCUCUUCUGCUCCACCCAUUGACUCCUCAUGUUCUACCUCCAACGUCCACCCCUAACCGACCUCUGUCAUUCUCCGCGGCCGGUAACCAUCACCCACAUAUUCUCUCCUUGUCUGAAACAUGCACAAGCAUGUCCCAGCUCAAACAGCUCCACGCCUUCACUCUGCGUACAACCUUCCCCGAGGAAACCGCCACUCUGUUUCUCUACGGCAGAAUCCUCCAGCUCUCGUCUUCAUUCUCCGAUGUCAGUUACGCAUUCCGUGUCUUCGAUUCGAUCCCACAAGAAAACCGUAGCUCCUUCAUGUGGAACACACUCAUCAGAGCAUGCGCACAUGACGUUACCAGGAAGGAAGAAGCCUUUCUGCUUUACAGGAAAAUGUUAGAGAGAGGAAAGUCUGCGCCGGAUAAGCACACGUUCCCGUUUGUCUUGAAAGCUUGCGCUUAUAUCUUCGGGUUGUCGGAAGGGAAACAGGUUCAUUGUCAGGUUGUGAAACGUGGGCUUAGUGGAGAUGUGUAUGUGAACAACGGUUUGAUUCAUUUGUAUGGUUCGUGUGGGUGUUUAGAUUUAGCACAGAAAGUUUUUAACGAUAUGCCUGAGAGAAGUCUUGUUUCGUGGAACUCAAUGAUUGAUGCUCUGGUUCGGGCCGGGGAGUAUGAAUCUGCGUUAGAGCUGUUUAGACAAAUGCAGAGAUCGUUUGAGCCAGAUGGUUAUACGAUGCAGAGUGUUCUGAGUGCGUGUGCUGGUCUAGGAUCUUUGUCGCUAGGUACUUGGGUACAUGCGUUUCUGUUGCAGAGAUGGGGCUUUGAUGUUGGUAUGGAUGUUCUGAUCAAGAACUCGUUGAUCGAAAUGUAUUGCAAAUGCGGGUCGUUAAGAAUGGGAGAGCAAGUGUUCAAGGGGAUGAUGCAAAAGCGUGACUUAGCUUCAUGGAACGCUAUGAUUCUGGGGUUUGCUACACAUGGAAGAGCUGAUAAAGCUCUUGAUUGCUUCGACAGUAUGGUGAGAAAAGGCGAACAUUAUGUUCGACCGAACUCGGUCACGUUUGUUGCCCUCGUUACUGCCUGCAACCAUGGAGGGAUGGUACACAAAGGGCGCCACUAUUUUGACAUGAUGGUCAGAGAUUAUGGCAUCGAACCUGCACUGGAGCAUUACGGUUGCAUCAUAGAUCUUGUAGCCCGUGCAGGCUACAUUACCGAAGCUAUUGACAUGGUGACAAGAAUGCCGAUGAAACCAGAUGCAGUGAUCUGGAGAAGUCUCCUUGAUGCUUGUUGCAAAAAGGGUGCUAGUGUGGAGCUAAGUGAAGAAAUUGCAACACGUUUAAUUGAAACAAGGGAUGAUAAUCAAAGUUCCAGUGGCGCAUACGUCUUGCUGUCUAGAGUCUAUGCAUCGGCUAGCUGGUGGAGCGAUGUUGGGAUUGUGAGAAAACUAAUGACUGAGCAAGGAAUUAGAAAAGAGCCUGGAUGCAGUUCCAUUGAGAUAAAUGGAACCUCCCAUGAGUUUUUCGCUGGAGACACGUCGCAUCCUCAGACAAAACAGAUAUACCAACAGUUAAAAGUGAUCGAUGACAAGCUGAGAUCAAUUGAUUAUUUACCGGAUCCGUCUCAAGCACCCUUAGUCGAUUCAACUAACGAUGGAAGCAAAGAGUAUUCCCUCAGGCUGCACAGCGAGAGACUCGCCAUUGCUUUUGGUCUGAUAAGCUUACCACCUCGGACUCCAAUCCGUGUGUUCAAGAAUCUACGCGUCUGCAGCGAUUGCCACGAGGUUACUAAACUAAUCUCAAAUGUCUUCAACACUGAGAUCAUUGUGAGAGAUCGUGUUCGGUUCCAUCACUUUAAAGACGGAUUCUGCUCUUGUUCAGACUACUGGUAACAACAACAAAAACUAGUCACAGAGCAGUAUAGCGUUUUAAAAUACACAAACCGCUGCAAGCAAUUUUGUGUAAUUCAUAAGUUUGGUAAAAAUAUCAUACGAUCUCGAAGGUAAAUCAAUGCUUAUAGCUGAGCUAACAUAACAACAAAUCAUUUACACAGCUUAGCUUCA